GUCCUAAAGUUUACCCUAUUUUUCUGUGCGCACCAGAAAAGAAAAGAUGAAUAAUUCGAACUCUCCUUCAACAAAAGCACUGAUAUUUCUCGUUCAAAUUGUUUGUCUAGUUGUCUUUCUUCCAACUAGCCACUGCAACAGGAUGACGGUCUUCUUUCCAAUGGAUGCCAAUCUGAUCGCACAAACAUGCAACCAAACACCAUAUCCCGAUCUUUGUAUCUCUACACUUCAAUCAGACCCUCGAAGCGCCAAAGCAGAUGUCAAAGGCUUAGGCAUCAUAAUGGUUGAUGCAGUUAGGGCUAAGGCACACGAAGCUAAUCUCCGGCUCGAGGAUCUGAUCAAUAGAGAUGUGGGAAAUGUACCCGCACAAGACUGCAGAUUUAACUACGACGAUAUUUUCCAACUUGAUAUUCCUCAAGCUGUUGAAGCUUUCGGUAAAGAUGAUUAUAAGUCAGCAGAGCUAGGCAUGACCAAUGUCGUCGCAAACGCAGAUUCAUGCGAAAAACGUUUUUCCGGCGGUAGUCCUUUCAAAGAUGAAAGCCAAGCUCUCCAUGAUGUUGCUUAUGUGGCUGCAGCAAUUGCCAAAGUAUUGCGCUCUUGAUGUAUUCUUCUGUUGUCAUGAUAGAGUAGUAAAUUUGAUAAAAUAAUAAUCAAGAAUAGCAUUUCUUGUCAGCGACUUCUCAUUUGAUGGCGUCAAUAUUUGAUCUAUGUGGUCAUUUCAAUAAUUGAAAAUUUUAAAAUCCCUUUACAAUUAGGA